GGAAGCCCCGCCCUGUUAGCCGUUAGCCUGUUAGCUCUGGAGCCGGACGGUAAGAGGAAAAGCCGGGAAACGGUGCAGAAAAACUCGGUAAACAGGCAGAAAUGAGCUCGGUGCGGGACGGCAGAGGACCGCGGUGACCGGACAGCGAGUCAGCCGCCACAAACAGCCGCUUCUGGAAAACCAUGCAGUCCUUCCUCGUUUGCUCCGGCCAUUAGUGAGUGUGUGUGUGAGUGUGUGUGUGUGAGUGUGUAUGUGUGAUCAGGAUGGGAUUUGGUCGGGAUCUGAAAAAUUCCCACGAGGGAUUGUUGAAGCUGCAGGACUGGGAGUUAAAGCUGUUGGAGACGGUGAAGCGCUUCAUGACUCAGCGUGUUAAAAGUGAUAAGGAAUACGCUGCUCUGCUGCUCAACAUGACUCAGCAAACGGAGAAACAGGAAACUGCCGACUAUAUCAGCACCGUCAGUAAGUCGUGGAGUCAGGUGGUCCGGCAGACCGAGGCGUUGGGUCGGGUCAUGCGGAGUCAUGCCGACGACCUGAACUCGGGUCCUCUUCAUCGCCUCGCCACUCUGAUCCGAGACAAGCAGCAGGUGAAGAAGAGCUACCAGAGCCUACACCAGCAGCUGGAGAGCCACAACCACAAGGUAACCAGAAGUGACCUGGAGAAGCUGAAGGGGGCUUAUCGGCAGCUGAGCCGCGAUGCUAACAGCGCUAAAGAGAAGUACAGAGAGGCCAUGGCCAAAGGUCGAGAGGCGGAGCGUGCCCGCGAGCGCUAUGACAAAGCGACGGCGAAGCUCCACAACCUUCACAACCAGUAUGUAUUAGCAGUGUGUGGCGCCCGGAUGCAGCAGGACGAACACCGCUGCCGCACGGCGCCGGCACUGCUGGACUCACUGCAGAGGAUGCAGGAGGACAUGACGCUCGCUCUUCAGAGUAUUCUGGAGGAGUACUGUGAGAUCAGCAGUCUUCUGUCUGAUGAGAUCGUUAAAAUCCAUCAGGAAAUCUCGGCGGCCGUGCAGCAGAUCGACCCUCUCGCAGAGUACCAGCAUUUCAUCGACGCCUACAGGUCUCCGGAGACGCCGGAGGCGAGCGUAGAGUUCGACACAUCGCUGCUGGACGAGACAGACAACCUGCCGGCCAACGAAAUCCUGUGGAACACGCUGACGGUGGACAGCCUCCAGGCCAUGUUGUCGUCGACGACGGAGGAGCUGUCACUGACUCAGCAGAGCCUGCAGACGAAGGAGGCGCUGGCGGACGACCUGGACGCCAAGAUCCAGACGAGUCAGCAGAACGCCGAGAGAAAGAGCGAUUGCGUCCUCCUUCUCAGUCAGAAACUCUCUCUCCUCGAGCUGCGUCAGGCCGUCCAAUCGCUGCGCAGCUCCGAGGCCCGCCUCUCCUCCCAGAAGGCCCUGCUGGACGCCAAGAUGGCCGCCGCCGCCGCCUCUCCGCCGCCGCCACCUCCUCCGCCAGCGCUGCCCUACGAGGACGACGCCCGGUCCAUCGGCUCCACAGACAAGUCCAAAGAGAAGAGCUCUCGGUUCGACACGCUGCGUCACUCCCUCGCGGGAAUGAUCCGAUCUCCCAAAGCCAUGCUGGGCUCGUCCACCUCGCAGUUCUUUGACGUAAUCCCGACGUCGGAGCGCCCCCUGGCGGAGCAGGAGUGGUACCACGGCGCCAUCCCUCGCACCGAGGCUCAGGAGUUACUACGGCAACAGGGAGACUUCCUGGUGAGGGAGAGCCACGGGAAACCGGGCGAGUACGUCCUGUCCGUGUUUUCUGAUGACCAGCGACGACAUUUCAUCAUCCAGUACGCUGACAGUCAGUAUCGGUUUGAAGGCACCGGCUUCUCGACCAUCCCUCAGCUCAUCGAGCAUCACUUCUCCACCAAACAGGUCAUCACCAAGAAGUCCGGUGUCGUCCUGCUCAACCCCGUUGUCAAGGAUAAGAAGUGGAUCCUGAAUCAUGAGGAUGUGGUUUUAGGAGAGCUGCUGGGAAAGGGUAACUUUGGUGAGGUGUUCAAAGGGACGCUGCAGCGCGAUAAGAUGGCGGUCGCUGUUAAAACGUGUAAAGAGGAUUUACCUCCAGAGCUGAAGAUCCGCUUCCUGUCUGAAGCCAGGAUCCUGAAGCAGUACGACCAUCCGAACAUAGUGAAGCUGAUUGGAGUGUGUACUCAGAGACAGCCCAUCUACAUCGUCAUGGAGCUAGUGUCUGGUGGAGACUUCCUGUCUUUUCUGAGGAAGAAGAAGGAUGAGCUGAAGACGAAGCAGCUCAUUCGUUUUUCAGUGGAUGCUGCAGCUGGAAUGGCCUAUCUGGAGAGUAAGAACUGUAUACACAGGGACCUGGCUGCUCGUAACUGUCUCGUUGCUGACGGCUCUGUGUUGAAGAUCAGUGACUUUGGGAUGAGUCGUCAGGAGGACGACGGCGUCUACUCGUCGUCUGGACUCAAACAGAUUCCCAUAAAGUGGACGGCUCCGGAGGCGCUCAACUACGGUCGUUACAGCUCGGAGAGCGACGUGUGGAGUUACGGCAUCCUGCUGUGGGAGACCUUCAGCCUGGGGGUGUGUCCUUACCCCGGAAUGACCAAUCAGCAGGCCCGGGAGCAGGUGGAGAAAGGUUACAGGAUGGCGUGUCCUCAGCGUUGCCCUGACGACGUGUACAAAGUGAUGCAGCGCUGCUGGCAGUACAACCCAGAGGAGCGACCCAAGUUCAGCGAGUUACAGCGAGACCUGGGCGCCAUCAAGAAGAAGUGACGCACAGGAAGUGACAUCAGCACACAGCACACACCUGGCACCGCCCACAGGAAGUGACAUCAGCAGAGUUUAGUUUAUACGACGGUCUGACGGGGGUGUGGUCAGACGAUGACGUCUCGGUAAAAACACGAAAAACAGGUCAAACAGAACCGAACAGACGCAUAUUCAUGUUAAUUUAUUUCAAACAAACACAAACCUGAGGAGCCGAGAGUCCGAACACCAAACAAAUGACAACACAAACGCAAAAACAUACAACACAAACACAAAAAAAUACAACACAAACGCAAAAAAAUACAACACAAACGCAAAAAAAUACAACACAAACGCAAAAAAAUACACAACAAACCUGAGGAGCGAGAGUCCAAACACCAAACAGAUAACACGAAAAAUACAACACAAACACAAAGAAUG